AACUAUUUACAAAAAUGGCGUUCAUUAAGUUGAAAUCAUCGGACGGAGAGUACUUCGAAACCGAUGCUCAAGUAGCCAAGUACUCAGGCACCAUCAGAACAAUGUUGGAAGAUUGUGGUCUGGACGAUGAAGGCGAAGAAGGCGUUGUACCCUUACCUAAAGUAAACUCCAACAUUUUGAAACACGUUUUGCAAUGGGCCAACCACCACAAGGACGAUCCAAUUCCAACCGAUGAUGAUAAAACGAAGGAAAAACGCACCGUCGACAUUUCAUCGUGGGACGCUGAUUUUCUGAAGGUCGACCAAAGCACUUUGUUUGAGAUCAUUGAGGCCGCUAACUACUUGGACACCAAAGGAUUAAUGGAUGCGGCAUGCAAAACGGUUGCAAACAUGAUUAAGGGAAAAUCACCCAAGGAAAUCCGUGAGCAUUUCAAUAUUAAGGACGAUUUUACGCCGGAAGAAAAGGAGAAGAUUCGCCAGGAAGAUGAAUGGUGUGAAGAAAAAUAA